AUUUACCAGGAAGCGUGGAUUCGUGUGAUGCUAAUGCUACCAGCGUGACCACGAAUUGGAUCGUUUUCAAGCAUGUUACAGGACACCCAUGUGCCCGAAUGCUUGUUCUUAAUGUCGAGUCGGAUUGCUUCGAUUGAUUUCCUGUUAACGUGCGAUCGCAGAUAGUGAAUCGAUAGUUUCAGGGGCAGAAUCAAGGAAAAUGAAUCCUGCUAGCGUUGAUCCCAGACAGACUGGUAAAGUCGCUGCCAGAGAUGCCGCAGGAUUUCUGAAGAAAUCUGGGUUAAGUGAUGAAGUCCUUGGUCAGAUUUGGGAUAUUUCCGAUGUCGGCGCCAAGGGCUAUCUGGACCGUCAAGGAAUGUUUAUGGCGAUGAAGUUGGUCGCUGCUGCUCAAAAUGGCAGCGCCGUUUCACCUACUCAGCUGGGAACAAGUCUUCCUCCUCCUAAAUUGGGAGAUUUGCCGAAUCUGAACAAUGAUGUCGUGAGUACUGCUCCUGCGAAGAAGUGGACAAUGCGUUCAGAUGAGAGAGCCAAAUACGAGCAAAUGUUCGUUGCCUGCAAUCCAUCGCAAGGGAAAAUUCCUGGAUCUACGGUGAAGCCGCUUAUGCUGAAAUCGAAGCUACCUGUGGACACCUUGUUGAAAUUGUGGGAUUUGGCGGACAUCGACAAAGACGGCGCAUUGGAUAAGGACGAGUUUUUAAUUGCCAUGCACUUGGUUGCUAGGUGUGUGGAAGGGGCGGUCGCGCCCACGACUCUCCCACCUGAGCUAACGAAGGGGAAGAUUUCCGACCCUUUCGAAGGAACAGGAGUGAAGUCCGGAAGUAGCAGUACGCUGCCAUGGGUCGUUUCCGCGACGGAGAAGGCCCGUUACGAUGAAAUGUUCAAGACCGCCGACUUGGACAAGGAUGGUUUCGUGUCUGGUGCUGAGAUUAAGGAUGUUUUCCUCAAGUCGGGGCUUGCGAACAAUGUAUUGGCUCAUAUAUGGAGCUUGUGCGACAUGAAGCAAGUCGGGAAGCUGAAUGCAGAGCAAUUUGCCCUGUCACUGUGGUUGAUCGGGAGGAAAGUGGCAGGACAAGAGCUGCCAACGACUCUUGCACCGGAAAUGGUUCCGCCGACUUUCCGGCCUAAACCGAUUCCGGGACCUACGAAUGUGUUCAGCAACAACAACAACAUGAGCAGCAGUAGUGGCCCAAUGAGUACACCUGUUUCACAACCUGUACACCACCCAGGCCCUCCACACCCACCGCCGCCCCACAUGGGUGGUGGUCUGCUCGAUCUGGUUUCCAACACCCAGCCUGCAAGUGAGCCUGUAUCUGCAGUCACGCCAUACACCAACCCCGAAUUGGAAAUGAUGAGCAAAGAAAUCGAGCUGCUGAUGAAGGAGAAGAACGUUCUGGAGGCUGACAUGAUGCAGAAAGAGGCUGACUUUAAGAUCAAGAGUGGUGAAUUGCGGACACUACAAACUGAGCUGGACACUCUGACAAAUGCUCUCAAGCAGUUGGAGAACCAGAAGGGUAUGGCUCAGCGACGCCUGGAUGAACUGGAAAGCCAGAAAACUGCAUAUGAGAGCGACAUUGCAGAAAUACGGCGGAAAUUGGAGGCUGAGAGAAUCGAGGUGGAAAAAUUGAAGGCGCAAGCGGACGAGCAGGAAUUGGAGCUGAAGCAACAGGAGGAAGAGUUGUUUUCCAAGAAAUCUGAGCUUGACAAGUUGCGCGGCGAGGAGUGUCGCUUGGAAGAAGCCGUUUCCGCGCAACGCGCCAGGCGGGAUGCGCACGUAAAGGAGCUGGCCAACACACGCCUCGAGUUGGCCCGCGUUCGCCACGAAGUGGGCUGCUUACAGGCAGACGAGGCCAAGUUGACGACGGCUAUGGCCGAAUUCGACGAUGCCCUCAGAGGUGGUGAUGACGCGCUGCUGUCAGUGACUGACGCCGCUCUAAACGACGUCUCGGCAACCAUGUCGAUCGAGGAGCUUCCCGGUCAGCAGAAUUUUCUCAACAACAACGAUCGACCGCGGUCGGACGACUUCUCGCCCGCUGGUGGAGGACCCCACAUGUUCGAGGACGAAGACCCGUUCAAAAAUCAGGACCCGUUUGCGAAUCACAACGGUUUCGAUGUGGCGGGAGGCGUUCUCGAAUCCGGACGUCCGAUCAAUAAUAACGUGGAUGAUGACGAAGACCACGUUUUUCACAGCGCUUCGGAUGAUCCGUUCAGAGGAGUUGACCCAUUCGGGGGGGACCCGUUCCUGUCUCGUUUUGAGGCGCCGAUCUCAGUGACCGUUGGGUCCGCACAGGGCGCUGAUUUUUUUUAUGAAGGAGGUCGGCGGACGGAGAGCGUGUCCCCAGCGCCGGCCGUGCCCGCUCCCGCGAAAAAGUCUUCGUCGAGCUCUGGACCACCGCCUCGCCCAGCGCCUCCGAGAAACGCGCCUGGACGCCCGCCACCGCCGAAGGCGUCACCAUCUGCUAACCAACAGAUUGCGUUUGAUCCGUUUUCCGACAAACAUUCUGACGCCUCGCAAGACGGCGGUGGCUGGACAGCCAACUUUGCCGACUUUUCUGCAUUUGAUCAGAAAAAUGGGAGCAUUAGAGGUAUCUCGGCUCUGUCUCGCUCGUUGCUGGAUUGGUUUUGGGCUCGUCUCAUCGAGCUGUACGGUUUUCGUCGUUUUGCUCUGAGCAAUGGAGUUGUGUCUCACGCUGGAAAGCAGAUGAACUCGUCGCCGUCGCCGUGGAUGCCGAUAGUCGGCGGAUUCGACGGUGGUGCGGGGACGACGACGACGAAAGCGAGUGGUGGAUGGACGGACCCGUUCCUGAGUGAAGACGACCAAGUGGCGUGGGCCAAGUUCGACAGUAUGAAGUUGGAUGAGCAGCGACGAACGGAGUCGCAGAAGGAGGAGGCCGAGCUCCAGAUGGCCAUCAACUUGUCCCUGUCGGACACGAAGGCCAACUGA